AUGGGAUCGCUGCGUGAUUUACGCGCAACGUGGCGCGACCGCACGACUAGCAGCUCCCGCUCUUCUUCUCGUUCGGUAAGCGGCAGUCACGAGAAGCGCAAAGACUGUAUGCAACCACCGAAACAAGUGAUUCGAGCGACAGCCGACUACGUCUCUCAAACACCGUACGAACUCAGCUUCCGAAAAGGCGAUUUUUUUCAUGUCAUGAAUAACCAACUAAAGGAGCAAGCACCUGGCUGGAUUGAAGCUUGCAACCCGAUCACCAAUGCGCGCGGAUUUGUUCCGGAGGCGUACUUUGAUGUCUUGCAUCGCAGCGCUCCCUCUGCGGCAUUCGACUUGGUAGUCAAAAGCGAUUUGAACCCCUCGGGCGUUCCUCCUGACAGCCAAACAGACAAUCAAAGGAGCGGAUCGACCACGCCGCGCCCUAUGAGCAACUGGUUUGCUACGGUUAAGUACAACUAUGUUGCAGAACGACCCCAAGAAAUGAGCGUCAAGGAAGGUGACGGUAUUCUUGUUCUCGCACGGUCUGGCUCCGAGUGGAUUGUAGCCAAAUCAUUCGCACGGCUUGGACCGCCUGGACUGAUACCCAUGUCCCACGUCGUUUUUCGUGAUACUGCGACCGGCGAACAGGUAUCGAAAGCAGAUGCACAAUCGCUUUAUUCGCAAAUGCCAUCUGCUCAGGAAUGGGAGAAAACGAACGAACAGCAGCGUCAGAAUGCGAUACCGCUGGGUAAGUUUGACAACACACUGGACAAGAUGUCCAAAAUGUCACAAGAUGGACCAUUUCCUUUCCGCCCAGACGGUCCGCGCCGGAGCCUGGCAGGCAUGCAAAAUGCGACGCCCCAGCCAAGCGCAGUUCUUAUGCAAAGCUCACACUCUGAGAACGACUCGCCCAAGCGUCGUUCCGGGAGUUGGCGCUCGCCCUCUGGUUCUUUUAUCUCUGGCAUGGACUCCAAAUGGAGCUUGCCCUCUUCCUGUGAUCAGUCACUCAACACACCUCAAUUCCUACCCGCUGGCGUGAUGGUCUCUGCGACGGUAGAGGCGUCACAUGUGGAUAACAAGGACUAUUGGUAUCGCCUUCGUGUUUCAUAUGCUUCUAUGCUCCAUUCGCCCAAUUCUUCUGAGCCACUGCAAUGGCGCGAAAUGCGCGACAUGACUCUCUUCCGUCUCUAUGAAGAUUUCCAAGAGUUUCACGAGGGACUCUUGCAGGAUUUGGCAGCGUCCAAUGUGACGAAGCAGUAUACCUUGCCGACAAUGCCAGGCCCGCCAACAUCUGCGGCUCCGCACGCGGCGGUGCAAAAGUUGAACGAAUUAGAUGCUUACCUGCAGCAACUUGCCGCGCUUCCGGACGAAAUCUUACGCUCCGCCUCUCUCCGGUCCUUUUUGGAAUUACGCCCCGGGGACCGAUGUGGAAUCAGUGUUUCCUCGUGUUCAAAUGGGCGUGGAUCAAAUACGCCUCUGCAAACAGAAAGUCCUGUUUUUGAUGUGGAUCUCGCCACGCAGCUCCAGGCACUACGGAUGAAGCAAUGCACUGUAAAUACGGACGGCAUCCCAUCCCCUUCCAACCUGUCCUCAUCCGGUGUAUCGGAUAUGUUUGGGCCUGCGGGCACGUUGAGAACAACUCCGUACCACCGCAUCAAGGUGAUGCGCAGAGGCGAUGUCGACCAGAUGUUGGCUGUGCGUAUGCCAACGCAAUUCACAAGGCAAUCGUUACUGCUCAAGGUGCAAGAGCGUCUCGGCGAUGAUAUCCGUGUUCUUCAGCUGGACGAUAAGAAAGACAGUCUCAUGAUUAACAGCGAUGAAGAGCUUAGUGUUUGGCUGCAGUCUUCCAUUGCCAUGGGGAAGAAAUUGUUGCUGUAUGCAGAUGUAUAA